CGUUUUAAUCCAACAAUCAGUUGUUUUCGUUUCAGCUGUUCUCUUACCCCAACAUUAGUCCAGUGAGUGCCAUGAGCGGAGUCAUCAGCCCCACCAACCUCAGCAUGUUCACGUCGCCGGUGACGACACCCCGUUCCACUCCCCGAACGACACCAAUUCCGCGGUGGAGCGGUCCUUUCAUGACCCUGGACGAGAACAUAAAUAUAGAUUACAACAUGAUGGCUGGCCUUAUACCCGGUACCAAUCCAGAUUCUGAUCCUCCUCACAUCAUCGGUGCCGAUGAACGAUUCUUCUCGGUCGUUCACACCAGCGAAGCAAUAGACGCCAGCAGCCAAACCGGAAGUGCACCCUCUACACCAAAUAAAUCUCCGCCUUCUUAGGUGGGAAGGAAACUCUGCUUUGUCCAUUUGCUCAAGACAUGCCAACUACUAGAGAUGGUGUAAUAUAAAAAUUACUGCUGUCCUAUGAGCAAUAUACAAGUGCUUUCUCAUUAAGUCAUAUUGACAGUUUACAGUUCAUAGUUUGCUUUCGAUCGUCGACCACGUCGGGGUAUUGAGAACGUCGAAGGACCGACGGAGAGUGCAAUGGGAAGAAGCGUGGCAGCGAUGACAAGAAUCGAUCGGCUGCUCGGGAUAAAAGAUAGGAUUUAAAAAAAAAAAAAAGAAAAAC